UGAGCUCAUGUUGGGUUGCGUUGCUUCAAUGUCUCGCAGUGAGAGAUGCAAACAAGCGUAAAGAGCCAUUAGAGCUCUAGUGGAAGCAAAGCAAAGGACUGUGCGACUGCAGCUGAUUGUCUCUGCGUGUGUUUGGGACGUAACUCUGAUCGCUGGGAAUCUACUGCGUUGAGAUUUAAGGACACUAGCUGUAUUCGAACCCGAAGGCGAAAUGUCGUUUUUCCAGCUGCCUUUUUCGCUGGUUGUCCUGGAUCUGGAGUGGAUCUGAACUGUUCCGAUGGCUGCAGUCCAGUGAAACCGGCCUGUCUUUGGAUUUGUGUGUGUGUGUAUGAAUGUGUGUGUGUGUGUGUGCAUGGGUCUACGUGUGUGUGUGAGUCUGUAUGAGUGUGAAUGUGUGUGUGUGUAACCCCAGCACAUUUCCUUGGAGGGGUAUUUUGCUGUUUUUGGAUCUAUGGGAUGCGUCUAGAUCGGGCUGGAUCCUCUGGGGGGGCAACAAUGUGGGUUACUGGGAAGGGGAAACCAACAGGACCCUGAGGCUUGUGUAAAUGUGCUUCCCGACCGCCUCAGUCGUCUGAGAAGGUCAGACCUCCCUGUGGCACGCUUGGGCCGCUGGCACUAAGAUGUCCCUCAGUAGUGGCACUGCAGGCGGGAAAGGUGUGGACUCGAAUGCGGUGGACACUUAUGACAGCGGGGAUGAGUGGGAUAUUGGUGUAGGCAACCUGAUUAUUGACCUCGACGCUGACUUAGAGAAAGACAAGCUUGAGAUGUCUGGCACCAAGGACGGGGACGGAAUGGCUGCUGCCUCGAGCGCCGUAGCGGCAUUGCCAGACAACAUCAAGUUUAUUAAUCCGGUGCCUCCUCCGCCAAUCAAGGACAGCAAAUCCAAAGCUAAGCGUAGCAAGAAUUCCAAGGACAGUAGCAAGUCCUUGACCCCUGAUGGGGCCAAGAAGGACGCCCAGGGACGGACCCAAAACGAGGGCACUGGGCCAACCGUGGGAAGUGGUUCCACGACUUUACCUUCUGGGAAAGGUUCCGAUAAAAGUAACAAAGCCUCCCGUAAUGUUCCGAGUGGAAAAAAGGACAAGGAGGGUUCUGGGAAAAGCAAGAAGGAGAAAAACGAAGGGGUACAAGCUGGGAACGUGCCCUCGGAAAAGGACCCAUCGGCACAGGUUAUGCCGUUAGGCCAGGCACGCAAUACUCCGUUUGAGGGGACGCAAAAUUCGGACCUUGUUGGUGCUGAGCAACUAGGGAAUAUUACCCUUGAUACCACUGGAAUAGUCACACCUUUGGCUAUCAAGAGCGAACCAGAAGAAGUGGAAAAUAAUGACUGCAGGACCAUGAAGAAAGUGAAAAGCGAAAAGGUGAGUACACUGGUGUUUUCAUUGCUCUACCAAUAGGACGCAAGCAUUGCA